GCGCCAAACACCACAAGUCCUCGCCACCGCCGCGCCCCCACUGCGCUCUCCUCUUCGUUAUCCCGUCGCCACCUCGCCCCAUCACCCUCUCCCUCCACCACACUACACCCCGCUCCACUCUCAGGCAGGCAAUCAGCGGCGAGGCACCAGCCCACCGGCCGGCAAUGGCGUCCACCUCCUGCUUCCUCCACCAGUCCACGGCCCGCGUCGCCGCGCGCGUCGCCUCCCCGUCCCCGGCGACACGGACCCACCUCCUCGUCUGCCGCGCCCAGAAGCAGGACGACGCCGACGUCUCCCGCCGCGCGGCGCUCGCGCUGCUGGCCGGAGCGACGGCGGCGGUGGGGGUGAAGGUGGCGCCCGCCGCCGCGGCCUACGGCGAGGCGGCGAACGUGUUCGGGAAGCCCAAGACGAACACGGAGUUCAUCGCCUACAGCGGCGAGGGGUUCAAGCUGCUGAUCCCGUCCAAGUGGAACCCCAGCAAGGAGCGCGAGUUCCCCGGACAGGUCCUCCGCUACGAGGACAACUUCGACGCCAACAGCAACGUCUCCGUCAUAAUCAACCCCACCACCAAGAAGACCAUCACCGAGUUCGGCUCCCCCGAGGAGUUCCUCGCCCAGGUCGACUUCUUGCUUGGCAAGCAGGCCUACUCCGGCAAGACAGAUUCCGAGGGUGGGUUUGAGUCGGACGCGGUGGCGACGGCGAACAUCCUGGAGAGCUCGGCGCCGGUGGUGGGAGGGAAGCAGUACUACAGCGUAACGGUGCUGACGAGGACGGCGGACGGCGACGAGGGCGGCAAGCACCAGCUGAUCACGGCCACCGUCAACGACGGCAAGCUGUACAUCUGCAAGGCGCAGGCCGGCGACAAGAGGUGGUUCAAGGGCGCCAGGAAGUUCGUCGAGAGCGCAGCCAGCUCCUUCAGCGUCGCAUGAUCGUCGAAAUCUCUAUCUCAGCUUCUCUUUAAUCCCUAGCGAAUCAAAAUCAAAUCAAUCGAGUUCGUUGCUCAGAGAGAUGCAGUGCACGCAUGUGUGUGUGCGUGUGUGUUUCUUUGAUUGUACAUGAGAAUUAAGAACAAGUUAAGGAGAGAGGUCGAUCCAUCGAUUUCCCCUGCAUGCAAGGAUUGAUUUUCUGUGAUCCGUGUGUUAAGUAAUCCUAGUAAUUAAUCAUGUUUCAUUUUUGUAUCUA